UUGACUCAUUUGAACACUUGUUGUGCUUGCUGACUGUUGCUAUAACAACAAAAACAAAGCAAAUCAAAUCAAAAGAUAGCAAACUUGACAUUUGCUUAAAAAUAUACAAACAAAAGCAUGAAGCAAAAGUAUAUUUUGUUUACAAACAACAGCAACGUGUCAAACAAAUGUGAAAUUUUCAUUUCAAUCGCAUAAAAGUCACAGAAAACACGGAAUUUUUUUUACGCUACGAAAAUUUCAAAUUUCAGAAAUAUGUGUCGAGAUACUUCUAACGCUUAAAUUGUAGUAAAAAAUUCAUAAAUAAUUUGAUAUUUCAUCAAUGAGUCACAAAGUUUUGCAACGCCAACCGACCAGCGACAAACAACGACAGAUAUUCGUGAAUAGCGGCGCGUGUGUGUGGUGAAGUUCGCAUUACGAAGCUGAAAAUCGAUUUGAGUGUGAAAUAGAGAAUUAAAAAUUAUAUGACAGUGAGCGGUAUACUUGUAUAUACAACUGAUAUACAACUGAAGAAACGAAAAUCUACAUAAGAGCAACGUAACGACAAAUAUUUUUGUAGAAUCUCAGAAGCAAUAAAAAAUGGCCGUUUUCAAAUUCGACAUACGCAGCCUAUUUCCACAGCCCAUUGUGAAGGUCGACUCCAGCCUGUUGCCGCACACGUUUCACGGCAAUCGGCGGCAAGCGCUCGAGGCCACCGCCAAAAUGUCAGCCAUUAUCGAUCAUUUGGGCCAGCUGUCGGCCAUCGCGCAGAAACUGAACAUACCGAUUACAACGGCGCAGAAAUUACGUAAGUCGGACAAUCAAAUUGUCUACCUGAUGGCCGAUUUGGCUGAACUUAAUAGUGGGCGUGGCGAUGAAGUUGUCGGCUUGCUUAAGAUCGGCAUGAAAGAUUUGUAUCUCUUCGAUGAGCUCGGUCAAUCGCGUAAGGUGGACAAUGCGCCCUGCAUACUGGAUUUCUAUGUGCACGAUAAGCGUCAACGCAGCGGCUUGGGUAAGAAACUUUUCCAAACCAUGUUAAGCGAAGAGAAAUGGGAGCCGGUCAAGUGUUCGGUGGAUCGUCCGUCGGAGAAACUUUUGGGUUUCUUAAAGAAACACUACGGUCUGGAGCACGUCAUACCGCAAGCCAAUCAUUUUGUGCUCUACGACGGUUUCUUCGAGCAUGACAAAGCCAAUGGGCAGCCGCGUGAAAUGACGCGCUCGCGUAGAAUGCUUAUGGCCAAUAGAUAUCUAUAGAGUUUCGACUUCAAACUAACCUCAACUAACCGUACUUUAACAAUUUAUACAAAAUAUAUUAUAUAUUUUAUUGACGUUUAUAUUUUUAUUCAAUGGUCUUAAUAUAGCACAUAUAGCGUUUCUAUAUCAUAUACGUAAACAGAAAAAUAUAUAUUUUGUUACUCAAGAUUUUUGCUGAUAUUACUAUAACAUAUUGACUGCUUAAAAUAUUAUAAAAAAAAAAUUAUAAAUAAAAGAAAAAUAAUGAUAAAUCGCACUUUGUAAUUUGUAAUUGAAACCCCUUAUAUUUAUAUAUAUAUUGUAUGUG